CGAAAAGUAUUGAAUCGGUGACGUCACAAAAGACGAGACGGUGGAAGGAGGCGGACGGGGUGGACGGACGGUCGUGCGUUGAAAAAUGUCCGGUUACUUGAAUUUAUCGUCUACGUGAACAGAGAAUAAGCGUGGGUAAACACACGAGUUUCGCGAACGACACCGGCGUGCGAACCGGCGAGUGGACGUCCACGAGACGGACGUCGUCGUUCCCAGGGCACGUGUAGUAAGCCGAGAGGAAACCAAAAGUGCUCGAGUCGCUCUCGCGACUCCUGUGUGACGGUUCGAUAUCGCAUCGCAUCGUAAAGUUGCGAUAAAAUAAAACAAGGCGAACGCGGGCACGCGCGCGCGGCGACGUAUCGCGCCAAGAGUGCCGAGGAUCGCAGCUGGAUCUCUCACCAUCUGUCACGCUCAUUGUCUCAGAUUAAGCGGUCUUGGACGAGGAGAUCUGGGAACGAAGAGAAUGAAGAUUGUCAAGGGGGAAUGAUAGGUAAGAGCACGCUUAAAAGGAGAGACGACGGCAAGAUCGAUGUCGAUUAGAAGAGUGACGAAUCCGCGAAAACGUGCGACAGGAUGCAAGAGGGUAACACCGCCGUUGCGCUAGCGAUGGUGACUCCCGGAUACGAUCAGGACCCUGCGAGUGGGGUCGCCGAUUAUACGACUCAUCAAGAUCAGGCCCAGUUCGAGUCUGACAAGAGAGCCGUAUAUAAGCAUCCGCUCUUCCCGUUGCUGGCGUUACUCUUCGAAAGAUGCGAACAGGCGACCCAGAGCUCGGACAACUCCACGUCCGAAAGCUUCAACAUGGAUAUACAGGCUUUUGUCCAGCACCAAGAAAGAGACCGAAAGCCUUUCCUGAUCAAUGACCCCGAGAUUGACGGUUUGAUGAUCAAGGCGAUACAGGUGCUGCGCAUCCACCUUCUGGAAUUGGAGAAGGUGCAGGAGCUGUGCAAAGACUUUUGCAACAGGUACAUUACAUGCCUGAAGGGCAAGAUGCAGAGCGAGAACCUGUUACGCAGCGACUACAGCCACCAUGGACACGAUAUGGGUCCGUCGAGUGGCAGCAAUGGCAGCAGCCCGUUGCAGGUGCUGUCAUCUACAGGCAAUGAUGUUGAGUCGGGAGCUAACGGAUUCAGAGUGAGCCGGGGGGACUCCGGACUGGCGGAGAACGAUGGCGCGAAUCCGCGAGAAGAGAGCGAUAAUCACGAUAAUCAACCGGUUCGAUCGUCGUCUUCCGCCAUCCAGCGCAACUCGAGCAAAUCCGCUAGCCAAGACCACGACGAUCCACUCUCACCGUCCGCGGUGCACGGAAGCACGCCUCUCUCGCAGAUCGGGGCGCAUGGAUGCGCCCCGGUUAACGACAUGUAUCUCGGUCAAGAUGACAGUAACGAGUAUCUACGAACUAUCUCCAACAGAGUAUAUUUGGAAGAAGCUGGAUACUGGGGACUUGUCGCGUUGCGAGAACGGGAAAACGCGGAAUACGCGGAAUACGCGGAUGUCGAAAAUGCUAAUGAUGAAAAGUAUUUUGACAUUACUGUUGCAGGCUCGCCUUCUCCGGUGGCGAGCGAGGACGAGGAGGAAAGUGCCAGCAACGCGGCCUCGAAUCACGCUGGGAACCAUAGGAGUAAUCACGGUAGUGCUAGAAAGGGACGUCAGAAGAGAGGUGUUUUGCCUAAACAUGCUACUAGCAUUAUGCGAACGUGGCUCUUUCAGCAUUUAGUACAUCCUUACCCAACCGAAGAUGAAAAGCGUCAAAUUGCCAGCCAAACGAAUUUAACACUGCUACAAGUGAAUAACUGGUUUAUCAAUGCUCGUCGACGGAUCCUACAACCUAUGCUAGACGGCGCGGGUGCGGAUGCAGCGUCGCGCGCUGGAAAACGUCACAAGGUUUCGAAACACGCUGUACAACAACAAGCGACUCAACAACAACAAACAGGCUGGCAAUCCGAAGACUCGGCAAGUGAUUCGGGUUCUAGCGACGGUGAGGGAGGUGCCGCUAGAUCGAAAGACGGUAACGAUAGCGAUGAAGAUGAUCUUCACUGACCUCUGUCGAUCACCGAAACGUCAACCUCUUUACGGUACCUUCAAAUCCAGUUGCUCAUUACAGUAUUAAGGUAUUCGGGUAUAGAUAUCGCUUUAACUGUCAAAUACGUAAUUAAUCUUGCGAAAGUUAAGAAUACGUGGGUAGAGGUUAUCACGCUCUCUGAUUAUUUGACACUGUCUAUUCGUCAUCUACCCAAUCUAUUAAUUUUUUUUAUGACUAACAAUCAGUCAUAAAUGAUAAAUUUUUAAUCUCGGUUCAUAUCGUGGUGAGAAUAUUAACUUUAUCAUAUAUAACACACGAGAGACGAGGACUGAGAUUGAAUAGGUACUAGAAAGAGCAGCUUAUUACUUAAAUACAUAUAAUUUAAACGAAAAGAUACUUUUGCAUUAAGCUAUGAAAUGUUAUUUAUUUUUGAUGACAAUAUUCAAGUGAAUAACCACGCAAAUAGUAAGAUAAAUCUGAUUUUUCUUCCAAAUCAUAAUUUUUUAUUAGUUUAGUUAUUUUUUUUUUUAUAACGUACGUCUCUCCCUCAUGAUAAUAUUUAUGACAUCUAUAAAAAUGUAAUUAGAAAAAUAUGUUAUUUAAAUGUAAUCUUAUUAAUGAUUCAUCGGACAAGAAAUCACUGUAGAAAGAUUUUCUUUAAUGGUUAUGUACAUUUUCAAACAUAUAUCAUUGAUGAAUUAUAUCGCGUGUAAAAAUUUUCUUUUUUGUACAUUUUAAAAUAAUAAUAAUUAAUUGCCUCAAUAUCAAUUAUUGUCAGUUUUUUGCCAUACACAUACAUACAAAACUUUAAUAUUUUAUAAAAUAUAAUAAAACGACAAAAUCAAAUCUUCAUCUUCUGUUAGCUUCAUUAACAAUAUUAUUAUAUUAUUAUUGGUAUUGUUACAAUUAAUACUGUUUCGACUAUUUGACUAUCUACUACUACUAUUACUAUUGCUAUUACUAUAACCACCGCUAUUAUUACUAUUAUUACAGUACUGCUAUUACUAGUAAUAGUAUUACUACUGCUAUUGCUAUUCCUUCCAUUAAUGCUAUUACUACUAUUACUAUACUAUAUGACUUUUACUAUUAUUACCAAUACUAUUACUACUACUGUUACUACUAAUACUCGCGCUUCCGCUACCACUAAAGCUACUGCUAUUACUAAUACUCAUACUGCUCCUCUUAUAAUAAUUGCCAUUCUUGUGUUGCAACAAAAUCCCCAUAUUUUUCGUUUGAAAUUACGGUUCGUGUAUAAGCUUCUUCUGAGAUAGAAAUUUGUUAAUUUGCUUUAUAACUUGUAUAAUGGAAUGCAAUACGCGAACAAUGAAACGACAAUUGAAUCGUUGAUAAUUAGUACAUAAUUGUAAAUCAUUUGAUUAGACGCAUCGUUUGUAAAAAGAUAAAAGAUACUUACUUUUCAAAUUUGAUGAGAACAUAACUCAUAGAAAUGCACUAUUGAUUGUACUUUUCGUGCCAUUAAAGAGCGUGGUAACUUCCGCGUUUAGUCUUUGUUCAGCUCUGCAGUGUCGUGGCAUAGCAAAGCGCUGUCCCUCCAUGAUAAUAAUAAUAAUAUAAUACAAAUAAAAUAUAACUAAUAAUGAUAAUAAUUAUUACGCUAUUGAUAAUGAUAAUAAUUAUAAUUAUAAAAUAAUGAUAAUAAUGAUACUAGUAAUAAAAACAAUAAAAACAGCAACACAACACACAACGCAAUGAUGAUAUAUAAUACUACAUUAAAUAUAUGACAAUUAUAUAUUUUUAAAAUCUAAGUGUCGUCCCUGAGCGCGCGUAUACUGCACGUUACUACUGUACAUAUUACAUGCGGAACUAUAGUGUGAGAUAGAGAGAAAGAGAGAGAGAGAAAGUGAGAGAGAGAGAGAGAGAAAAAUGAAACAAAGAACAAAUAUUAUCGAAUAUGUAAAAGAGAAGUUAAUACUUUUCUUGUUACUGAAAAAAAUGGAUAUAUUCGACGACAUACAUUCAUGCCAUCUUUUUUUUUAGAAUAAUAUUAAUGUUUAUGCGCACUAGCUGUCUACAUGUGAUCAUUACGUUUUACUGUUAACGGCAGAUAUUCUUCCUUCAUGUACUUUAAUGCUCGUUUAUUUUGAACUUUUCUUCUUCGAGUCUAGCAAGUUUUAAUAUUGAAAAUUCGCAAAUUAUAGCUGUUCUCGCUGAAAUAUAUAUUCGUGUAUAUAUACUGUUCUUCCCGAUACACAUAUACGCAUGUACAUUUAUGCUUUCCCAAUCUAUCGUUUCCGCGCGAUCCGUCCAUCGAGAUUUUUACACAAGUGGUUAAGGCAUUUUAUAUUGUUAGUUUUUUGGACGUAAAAUAACGUAGCGAAAAUUACUUCCAAGUCGAUACAGUUUCAAUAGAAAGAUGUUCUUCCCCUUAAUGUUAACACUAAUACAGAUCGUGGAGAAUUCUCGUUUCGGCUUAAUUUAUCUCAGCUCUGCCAAUAUAUUGUCACCGUCGUUUUCCUCACUCGGAUUAGUUCUCGAUAAGCAAAACAACACUAGUCACUCGAUCAUAAGAGGAAAAUAUGCCAUAUGACGCAGCCUGCAGUGUCGCACGGUUUGCCUUAAGAAUAUAGCCAAAUAUUAUUUCUCUCCUGUUCCUCUCCAUUCUCUUCUUAUAUAUGUAUUGACUCUCCUGAUGUACAUAGCCAAUUGACAGAGUGCUUCCAUUUAUAGUAGCUCGCAACUUGUUCGAAUUGAGAAUGAACUCUAGUUUUCAUUGUUACUUUUAUUUUUUUAUUUUUUUUUAAAUAUCGAUUUUUUGUAUGCAACAUAAGCUUUGCCUCAGUCGCUUCGAUCAAUUUUUAUGAUAUCGUAAUCGCAUGAUAUAAGUAUUUGAUAAUAUACGCGAUACAACUCGAGUAAAACGAUAUUAUCAAUUGCAGACAGCUGACAGUAUAGCUCCGUGUGUACGACACAUCAGUCCGUUUAAAAAUAAUAAACAAUCAGCCGCAAUACAAUAAAGAUUAAAACUUGUGGGAAAAAGUAUCAAUCUCGUCUUUCGAUUUUUUGAAAAAAGAAAAAAGUAUUUGUUCGCGAGGAAACGCACCCCAAAGGGAUCUGCAUAUUGCUCAACCGGAGUGUUUGUAAUAAGCAAUAAUAUACGCGAUCCAAUGUGAGAUGAAGAAAGAAAAAAAAAUCGUUUUCCUAGCAAAUAUUAUUGCUUUAACAAAACCGCCACCUUUCUCUCGUCAUACGGGACUAUACUGUAUUCGAGAGAUAAAUAAAAUUUCUAAGAUAACGUUAUAGAUUAAGAGGUAGGUUGUAAGGCUGAACCACGUAUACGUAUGUGCUGCGGCACCAGACGACUGUGAUAAUUCGGUGGGCGGUGCCCAGCCUCCUACUUCAUCCUUGUAUACUAAAAAAAAUAAUUAGAAAUAAAGAAAGAGCGUAAACAAUUUUACCGAGGAGAGGUUGAACGUAUGUCGGGACGUGCGUUGUAGAAAUGAUUUUUUAUCCAUAUGCACGUUGAUCAAACGAAAAGUCACGAAACGCGUGGCAUUUAAAAUAUGCGCUAUUGGCAUAUUUUCACUUUAAAUAUUUUUCCUUUCUUCGCGCAUACAGAUGUUCCCGUAUAAAAAAAAAAUUAUUACGACGCGUGCAUAUAGAUACUUUAUACUAGAAAACGUAAACACUUUUGCCGCAUUAAAAUGUCGAUGCGAAAAUUAUCUAUCGAAAACUAGAUUAAAGAAAAAAAAAGAGGACACAAAAGUAGGAAUGGGCACGCAAAAUGACAAAUAGUUUAUUAAAUAAUUGACAAAUCGUGAUCAUCGACGCGGAUUUUUCGAAAUUUAUGAAUAAAUCCUAAUUUAAGAAUUUACAUUUGCACUUAGUAUCUUGCGAAUUGUACGUCACUUGUUAUUAAAAUAUUUGUAUGCGCGUAACAUAAUUAUGCAAUGACACACGGAUUAGUUUCAUAAUUAUAUUUUCUUAUUGUAAAAAUAUCGAACCUUCAUAUUUUUAAUUUCUUGGAAUAACCUCUCUAUUCUAAACUUUUUUCACAUUUAUUUAAUAAUAUGAAACAAAAAUGUCAUUUGAUUCGUGCACGUUCUCGUUCUAUGCAUAUGUGUUUGAAAUGUGAGAUUGCAUCUUAAAGUAAGACCCAGAAAUCCAAUAAAGCAAACCAAAUAAAUGUAAAUAUUCAGUUUAUAGACAUGAAGUUUAAUUAUAUCUAAUAAGAAUUGAGAGAGAGAUUACGAUUAAAAAAGAUUAUAUAUAUAUAUAUAUAUAUAUAUUUCGGAAAUCUCUGAAUCAAUUUUUUCCAAGAACGGCCCAUUUCUAACUUUGUCCAUGUUUCAAGUCGUAAAUGAGAAACAUUAUACACUUACAUGUAUACUAUAAAAAAGGAAGCAUAGAUAUAUAAAUUAAAUACUUCUUUCCCAUGUACAUCAAAACCCUGUUAAAUAAGUUGGUUAUCGAUAAUAAACGCCAUCACGCUUGCA